AUGACUGAUAUUCCUGAGAACGUCAAAGGUGUUAUUGAAUUCGACCCCUGGUUAAAACCUUGGGCCCAAGUCCUUUCUGAAAGAAGGUAUUUGGCAGAUCAAUGGGUUUACGACAUUACUCAUGCGACUCCUGAUCAUUCACAUCAAUCUUUGGCCCAAUUUGCUAGAGAUUCUUACAAUUCCUAUGGUUUACAUGCUGAUCAUAAUACCAAGAAGAUCCAUUACAAGGAAUGGGCUCCUAAUGCCAAGAAAGCUUUUUUAAUUGGGGAAUUCAACAAUUGGAACGAAUCAUCUCAUGAAAUGACACAUAAGGAUGAAUUUGGGAACUUUUACAUCACAUUAGAACCUACACACGAUGGGAAAUUCCAAAUCCCUCACGAUUCCAAGAUUAAGGUCAUGUUUGAGUUACAGGACGGCUCCAAGAUCUAUAGAAUCCCUGCUUGGAUCACUAGAACUACUCAACCUUCCAAGGAAACCAAAGAACAAUACGGUCCAACAUACGAAGGUAGAUUCUGGAACCCUGAACAAACUUAUCAAUUUAAACAUCAAAGACCAAAAUUCAACCGUGCCAACGAUUCUUUAAGAAUUUAUGAAGCUCAUAUUGGUAUUUCUUCUCCAGAACCAAAGAUUGCUACUUACAAAGAAUUCACACAAAAUUUAUUACCAAGAAUCAAAUAUUUAGGUUAUGAUGCUAUUCAAUUGAUGGCUAUUAUGGAACAUGCUUAUUAUGCUUCCUUUGGUUAUCAAGUUACUAAUUUUUUCGCUAUUUCAUCUCGUUACGGUACUCCAGAAGAUUUGAAAGAAUUGAUCGAUACUGCUCAUUCAAUGGGUAUUUUGGUUUUAUUAGAUGUGGUUCAUUCACAUGCUUCCAAGAACGUAGAAGAUGGGUUAAAUAGAUUCGAUGGUUCUGAUCAUCAAUAUUUCCAUUCUUUAGCUUCCGGUAGAGGUGAACAUCCAUUAUGGGACUCUAGAUUAUUCAAUUAUGGCCAUUUCGAAGUCCAAAGAUUUUUAUUAUCCAAUUUAGCAUUCUACAUCGAUGUGUAUCAAUUUGAUGGGUUUAGAUUCGAUGGUGUUACUUCAAUGUUAUACUUGCAUCAUGGUACUGGUGAAGGUGGUGCAUUUAGUGGUGAUUAUAAUGAAUAUCUUUCUAAAGAACGUUCUGCUGUAGAUCAUGAAGCUUUGGCUUAUUUAAUGAUUGCCAACAAUUUGGUUCAUGAAAUGUUACCUGAAUCAGGUAUUACCAUUGCAGAAGAUGUUUCUGGGUACCCAACUUUAUCUAUGCCACGUGAAAUGGGUGGUGGUGGUUUCGAUUACAGAUUGGCCAUGGCUUUACCAGAUAUGUGGAUUAAAUUGUUGAAAGAAAAGAAGGAUGAAGACUGGGAUAUAGGUCACAUUGUUCACACUUUAACCAAUAGAAGACAUGGUGAAAAAGUUGUUGCCUAUUGUGAAUCUCAUGAUCAAGCUUUAGUAGGCGAUAAGACUUUAGCAUUUUGGUUAAUGGACGCUGCUAUGUAUACUGAUAUGACUGUUUUGAAAGAAACCACUCAAACAAUUGAUCGUGGUAUUGCUCUUCAUAAAGUUAUUAGAUUAUUAACACAUUCACUUGGUGGUGAAGCUUAUUUGAAUUUCGAAGGUAAUGAAUUCGGUCAUCCAGAAUGGUUAGAUUUCCCAAAUGCCAAUAAUAACGACAGUUAUCAUUAUGCUCGUAGACAAUUCAAUUUAGUAGAUGACCAUUUAUUACGUUACAAAUAUCUAUAUGAAUUUGAUCGUGCUUUACAACUAGCAGAAAAACACCAUCAGUGGUUGAACACUCCACAAGCUUAUGUCUCUUUGAAACAUGAGGUCGACAAAAUCAUUGCCUUUGAAAGAAACGGCUUGUUAUUCAUCUUCAACCUCCAUCCAACCGAAUCUUUCGCCGACUAUAGAAUUGGUGUUGAACAAGCAGGUACUUACAAGAUUAUCUUGAACACUGAUAGAGAGGAAUUCGGUGGCCAUGCAAGAAUCGAUGAAGGGUCAAGAUUCCAUACCACCGACUUGGCUUGGAACAACAGAAGAAAUUUCCUUCAAGUAUACAUCCCAAACAGAACAGCUAUCGUUCUCGCUUUGGAAUGA